AUGAAUGGAUUUGAUUUGAUUUUGUUUCUUCUAACUGUGGUUUGUGUUUUCGUAGGUCAAUACCGUUCGCCACGCAUCACAGAGCACCCGGCCGACGUGGUGGUGCCGAAGAACGAGCCGGUGACGCUGAACUGCAAGGCGGAGGGCCGACCGCAGCCGGACAUCGAGUGGUGGAAGGAUGGCCAGCGACUGGUGCUGGGGCCCGGCACCCACCGCAUCCUGCUCCCCACCGGCAGCCUCUUCUUCCUGCGGCUGCAGCAUGGCCGCAAGGAGCACGACGAUGGCGUUUACUGGUGCGUCGCACGCAACACUGCCGGCUCCGCCAGCAGUCGCAAUGCCACGCUUCAGGUUGCAGUUCUGAGAGAGGACUUCAAGGAGCAGCCGACGGACAUGACAGUGGCGGCCGGCGGGACGGCGUUGUUGGAGUGUGGCCCCCCCAAGGGCAUUCCCGAGCCAUCUGUCUUCUGGAAGAAAAACGCCAAAGUCGUCGAACUCGAAUCAAACAAGAGGAUUCGGCUGGUGGAUGGUCACAACCUGGUGAUCAGUGAGGUGGAGCAGGCAGACCAGGGUGUGUACCAGUGCGUCGCCCAGAAUGUGGUCGGCCAUCGGGAGUCCACCUCUGCCACCCUCACUGUACAUGUGAAGCCAUACUUGAAGACAGAGCCAGCAGCAGUGACGGUAGCGGUGCGUGGGGACACGGUGGAGCUUGCAUGCUCGGUGGGGGGGGACCCGGCACCCACAGUGGUGUGGCGGAGGGAGGACGGACAGAAGCCAGCGGGGGGACGGGCCCACGUGACCGACGACAAGGCACUUCGCAUAGAGGCCGUCGUCCUCAGCGACCAGGGUGUCUACAUAUGCACCGCUGAGAACUCGGUCGGCUCCAUCACCAGGAGUGCCGUGCUCACUGUGCAUUCGCCACCAGUGCUGACAGCGACGCCGGGAGACGUGAAGGUGUCGGUGGGGGAGCUGGCGGUGCUGGAGUGUGGAGCCGCAGGCAACCCGCCACCCUUCCUGUUCUGGAGUCGCGAGGGCAGCCAACAGCUGAUGAUGGCUGGCCACUCCUAUGGCCACUUCCACGUCACCAACGAGGGUUCGCUGCACGUGCAGGGUGCCAACCGCCAGGAUGCCGGCUAUCUGCUCUGCUCGGCGUUCAGCAUAGCUGGUGCUGUGUCGGCUAGGGCAUUGUUGCAGGUAACAUCAUUGGAAGAUAUUCCACCUCCUAUAGUGGAGAUCGGACCAGCAAACCAAACUCUGCCCCUGCAGUCAGUGGCCACCCUGCCCUGCAGAGCACGUGGCAACCCCGCACCUAAGAUAAAGUGGUACAAGAACGGCAGUCCCAUUGAUGGAUCCAAAGCAGCAAGAGUCACCAUCAUGCCCACUGGAACCCUCCAAAUUGAUGAUCUGCAAGUGAGCGACUCUGGCCUGUACACAUGCACUGCUUCGUCGGAAUCGGGGGAGACAUCUUGGUCGGCGGCGCUGGCAGUGGAGAAGGCGCCCGGGGCGCACGUGCAUCGCAGCGCCGACCCGUCCACGUUCCCGGGCGCACCAGGCGUGCCGCACCCAGCCAAUGCCACCCAGGACAGUGUGCUGGUCGCCUGGGAUCCGGGUGCGGCGGGCGCCUGGGAGCCAGACGCAAACCAUCAGCAGCAGCUGCUCGGCUACACUGUCGAAUACUUCAGUCCCGACCUGCAGACCGGAUGGGUCACCGCUGCGCGGAGGGUUGCUUCGCAGGCGGCUCUGAUAAGCGAUCUGAAACCGGACACGUCGUACGUGUUCGUGGUGCGCGCGGAGAACAUGCACGGCCUGUCCGUGCCGAGCAACAUUUCGGCCGAGAUCAGGACGCUGCGCGCGGGGGAGAGGGUGAUGCCGCAUCAGCUGAUGCAAGAGGCGAGGCAGCGACUCAACACUAAGGUGCUGGCGCUCAGCAUGCUCACGCCAAUCUCAUCCACCUCCGUCAAGAUCAGCUGGGAGGUUAGCGGGGGAGAUGAGUUUCUGGAAGGGCUGUACGUGUAUUACCAGGAGGUGGCCCUGCUGACAGCCGCUUUGCAGAAGUUCGAAAUGAUGACCGUUCUGAAUGCAGGCGCCACCAGCUACACGGUGUCCAAUCUGGCCAAGUACACCAAGUACGAGUUCUUUCUAGUCCCAUUCUUCAAGUCCAUUGAAGGCCAACCAUCCAACUCGAGGAUUGUUGAGACUCUUGAGGAUGUUCCAUCGGCCCCUCCAGAGAACAUCCAAUCAGGCAUGAUCAAUGCAUCAGCCGCCUACGUCAGAUGGUCAACCCCACACAAGCAGCAUCUUAAUGGAGUUCUAGUUAGCUACAAGAUCCAGAUCAAAGGCAACACAUCGAAAGUGUUGGCAGAGAUGUCGCUGAACGCAUCGACGACGUCCAUCUUCCUCAACAACCUGACUCAGGGCGGUGUGUACCGGGCGCAGGUGGCGGCGUGCACCCGCCUUGGAGCCGGCCCCUGGUCAGAGCCCAUUGCCCUGCCCACCCGGGGGGGCCUCCCGCCCCACGCCUCCUCCACCUCACCCUGGUUGGCGCUCUUCUUCUGCCUGCUCAUGCUGUCUCUGUUGCUCGGUUCGCUCGCCACUAUUUUCCUCAAGCGACGGCAGAACACUGUCACCAAGCAGAUGGGGCAUCUUCCUGUGAACGCCAACGAGCUGUGCCAUCUGAACCUGCUGCACGGCAACGGAGGCGGCAUGAUGGUGGGAGGCGGUGGAAUGGGUGGCGGGGGCGGUGGUGGAGGUGGAGGCAAGGAGACGCUGUGGAUCGACCGAGGCUGGAACGGAGGAGGAGGCCUGGAGAAGGAGACAGAGACCAAACUGCUGGGCAUGGGUGGGGAGUGCGGAGACUAUGCUGAGGUCAACAAUCCGCGCAACCUGACCACCUUCUACAACAACCGCAACCAGCAGCCCAACCACAUCAACCCCACGCCCUACGCCACCACCACGCUCAUCAACUCCAAUAAAAGCGAUCACAGUGAUUCUCAUUUCGUGCAGUCAACACCAAGCACAUCGUCCGAAGUGAAGACGUCAACCUCAGGCGAGUCGACUUCGAGGCACAUCAACAACUACGACCAAGGCAGUCCCGACCACAGAGCCAUGUCUGAUCUCGGUCCAACCUAUGCAGACGAAAACCACCACCACCACCAUCACCGCCACCGGGGGCAUCACAACCAGACGGGGGGCGGUGGAGGCGGCUCAGCAGCCGUGUGCAGCUCGAUGCCGAACUGGAGCGAGUUCCUGCCACCGCCUCCGCUGCACCCGCCGCCCCCCGCCAGUCCGCGCCUGCUCAAGCGGGGCCAGCAGCCGGGGGCGGUGGGGCCUGGAGGCGGUAACUACCGCAACGGAGGCGGGUCGUGCGUCUCCAGCCAGGGCUCGGACACCUGUGUCAGUCACCGACAUCAUCCCCCGCCCCAGCAGAGGCCGCCUCCCGUGCCGACGUUUCCUCAAAGUCACAUGGUGAUGAAUGGGGGUGGGGGUGGGGCCAGUGACAACUCAUCAGUGUGCAGCUACAACAACAGCGUUGGCAGCAGCUAUCAGCCGGGAGGGGGCGGUGGGGGUGUUGGGGGGAGGGGGCACCACAACAUGGCCGCUGACUCCUGCUAUGAGACCACUUCCCUACUGCACUCGCAUCACAAUCUCCCUCACUACAGAACGGAACACAGUCGAGGUAGAUCGCACGCCGCCGACCCUUGCAACAACAUGGACCGAAGCAUUCAAUCGUCCCUACCCAGUCUCGUCCAGGAUCCUCAUUCAUGUGGUAUCUACGACAAAGGCGGUAGAUGGCAGGGUCAGGGUCAGGGGCAGAGAGGAGCUGGCAUGGGGGUGGGGGUGGUGGCGAUGGAGGACGAUGGCUACAGUUGCGGCAGUUCGCACGAGAGCGACACCUGUUGCUCCUGCAGUGAGUCUUCCUGUCUGUAUGCCGAGCCGGGCGCUGAGCACAUGAUGCAUAGAGCGCAUGCGCAAAUCUGUGAUGACUGAACAAAUGCGGUAGUGGUGUAACAUAAGGGGCAAUCUAUUGUCUCCAGCUUUUUGUUUCUUGUCAAGGUUUCAUGGCUGAAAGAGGUAGGGUUAUACCUCCUAUAGCAGCUACUAGUCGCCACCUUUGACAGAAAAUUAAUAUUUAGAUUUAGUACGGUUUAGAAUUAUUGUAGUUGUAACAUACAAACCCUUCCACUGCCUGAUGAAGAUCUGUGUCGAUUUGGUGUACAAUAAACUGUGCAACGUAAAUGAUUUUCAAAUUAAUGAAUGAAUGUAUUAAUACUUUGGGGUGUGAUCAAAUUUAAUGCGUAUAUUUACAAGUGCAAGCUUGGUUAUGGAUGACCAUAAACAAAAUCAGAUGAUAAACAAAAUCUGGAAAGAGCAAUAGGAACAGUCACACUGAAACGUGCACUUAGUGGUUGCGUUCAGUGUGAGCAGCUGCAUGCAAGUCACAGCGGUUUUCAAUGGCACUUUCCGGAUUUUGUUUGACGUGAUUUGACUGCAAUUGCACAUAUUCGCAUUUUAUGUGAUCAAACCCUUACUUACGGAAAGUAAAGGUGUGAUAACACCCUAAAUUACGGAAACAACUAAGGUGCAUAUUUCAAUAUUAUUUGACAUUGAUUUUAUCGUUACGACUUGAAAUCAAUUAUGACCUUUAUGAAAAAAUAUGUAAUAAAAAACUAUACGGUAUAAGACCAGAGUAUGCUACCGCCAUGAAUUGUCAAACAAGUGCUAUUUUGUGAGAAAUUAUGAGCUUGCAUGACGAGCGAACAAUUGAACAGAUAUGUCACUCGUAUUCCGCGGUAGGAACCUUGUGUGUCGGUUCAUUUCAUUUGGGGUGAAUUAGGUACUCAAUUUCUUCACCGAGGUGGCGUAUGAAAUAGAAUUGAGCUGUUAUGAUCAAAUUAGUCGAGAAACGGUGAUCGAAUGUUAUAAACCAGAAAUGUUGAAGAAAAAUGUACCACCAUAAAUAUUUUUAUGCUGUAGAUUUGUAGAAAUUUUAUAACAUUUUUAGUGACUACAUUAGAGUAGUUGAUUAAGAUUACUGAUGUAGGCUUUAAGGUUUUAUUUGUGAUCACUGCUGAUUAUGCAGGAAGUUUUCGAUACCUUUUUCUUGAUAAAAAGCAAUUCUAAUAAUGCAAUUCAAAAUUUCAUGUUCUAACCGUGUUCUAUUAACAGUUUCGUUUCUAAAGAAAAUUGGAAAUCAAAUCAAUAUUAAUGGAUCUUUUCAUCAUAUUAAUCUAUAUGAACAAAAGUCUUGAAAUCAUUAUCUUUUUUAUGACGGCUCUUGCUUGAAACUGAAUCAAAUUGAAUGGGUUCGUUCAUUCAUCCACCUCAAACUUAAACAGGAGGUUUAAAGCCUUUUAGAUAUAGAUUUCGAAAAAUUAUCCACAUGAUAAGACUGCUCCUUUAUUAGCCUAGAUCCCCUUUACAAUGGUAACAUUAGUCAUGAUAGUCAAAAUAGAUCAAUAAUGAAUGAGGAUGAUUGAAAACUGAAAAGCAAUUUCAGAGAGUUUGCCUUCGUAUAACAAAAGAAUUACUAACUUGGCCUACUUCUCUCUUAUCAAAUUGAGUAAUUUUUCAUUAAAAUUGAAAAUAAAUAAUUUUUCUACCUUCUUCCUACAAAUAAUUCAACAUAGUGGCUUAAAACUGAAGUUAACAAAAUUUAAGAAAGUCUAUUUUUGACUUUGCAUUUUGAAGUGUUUCUACAGUUAUUUUCAGUGUUAAUUCCAAGGUUUAUUCCGUGGUCAAUAGAAUAAUGCAAAGCAAUAUUCAAUCUAUCACUUCUUAUUCCAUCAGCUAAUAUCAAUGAAAAGUGCCUAAUGAAAGUGAAAUUUUCGAAAAAUAUAUUUCGGCUGCAAAUUUGCUUGUUGAGUAGCUGAUAAAAAUAGAUUUCUGUCAAUUUUUUCCACCGUUGAAAAAAAUUAUCUCUAUCAAAUUAUCUUUUGAAAAAUCUAUUUGUUGCCAGUAACUCGUGUCAUUAACAAAUAACAUUAUUUUUCAUGAUACAACCCUUAUUGCCAAUGAGUUUUAUUUGAAUUUAUCAUCGUAAUCAUAAUAAAUAAUGAAAUUUUUAAUCAUUCAAUUAUUGAAUUCCUUUCCUCAUUAAUUCAACUAAACAUAUUUCUAGAUAAAGUCCUGUGAACAGCCAAAAUGUCAAAACUAGUUAACUAGACUGUUAUCAUUUUUAGUUUUUGAAGAAUUUAUAAUUAUAAAUGUUAAACUUUAGCUCAUUUAUUAAACCAUCAAAAUCAGAAACUUCAGAGAAUGAUUUUGUAGAAUUUUUAGUGAAAUAAAAAUAGUAGAGAAGAAGCUAGUCUUCUAAAAAAGGGCUAGGAUUGUGUUAUUUGCAUAAGACAACUAUUUUUUGCCUCUUAUUGGCAUUGUAGCCUCAAAUUUUAUUGGCAUCUGGAUGCAAGAACGAAUAUUGACAGCCCAACGAUUAUUCAACUAUCGAUAAUAAUGAUACCGGUACUUAUCAUUUUAGCUUUUGAACUUUUAAAAAAAUGAGAUAAGAGCAUAUUUAUUCCAUGAAGGGAUCUCAGUACUAUUUGAAACAAGAAAUAUUGUUUCAAAAGCUAUUAUUAUGGAGUAAGUAUUAGCUUCGAAUAUUAGGUUGUAUGAUCUACUUAGCUGCUGUGUGUGCUUCUAUUCAUUAAAAUUUUGGCCAUCAAGCUUCUUGUAGGUACUGUACUGUUUUAGCAAAAAUUAUUCUUUUUCAAAUUACUGGUGUUUGUAGCUCAAACUGGUUUACCAGCCAAAAAAUAAGUUGAGGAAUAUCAAUAUUAAUAAGAGAGGUGGAAAUUCAUAUCAUUGAAUUGUGAAAAGUAGACUAGCAAUUGUUAUAUUUGUUUCAAAAGUAGUAUCGUUCUUAAAACUUGAAAAGUUAAGUCCGCCAUAUUUUUCGGAACUUAAUUUUAAUUGGCAUUGUCCAAUUUUAAUAAGAAAUAUUACUAUUUUCAAUUAGUAACUCAAUUUUAAUGAAUGUACAGCCUUCAUAUUAUCAUUUCACGGUUAUUUACAUUGAUAAAAUAUUGUUAGAUACUGUAAUUUGGAUGACUAUAAACAUUGAUGAAGUAAGGUGAAUGCUUUUGUAAAUCUAUUGUAUCCAACUGAUCGUGUAAAAAGUUCAUUAUUUGUAAAUGGUUGGAAACCGUUGACUGUUGUAAAUAAACGGUGAUGUAAAUAUACUGUAACUAUUUAUAAAUUUAAUUUUGUAAUUUUAUAUAACAAUGUAUACAAAUGUAAUAUUAUUAUUGUACCUGAGAGUUUUGUGAAGUUUGUUAGUGUGGAUCUUACAAUGUUGAAACGGCUGGGCUGGAGCCAUUACAAUUGAAAACAAUACUUUGACCUAUUGUCAUUAUUAUUACUACAUUAAACAGCUUCCGUUUAAUAACAAUAACAAAGUAACAAUAGAAAAAUAGUUAUAUCAAUGAAUAGCUAUCAAAGUAAAAUUAAGAAUCUAAUAGACAAAUGAUCAAAAUAAUUUAUGGAUAGUUAUGUUGCUAUUAGUAAAGGAAAAAUUAUUAUCAAACUUUGUUUGUGAAAAUCUAUUUGAAAGCGAGCAUUUCUCAUUCUAGAAAGUUUGUAUUUUGUGAGAAUAAAGUGAGAUUCAUUGAA